CCUCCUGCCUGUUACAGGGGCAGUUUCAUCUUAACAGUAUGCACAAGACAGGGGAAGUAAUGCUUGGUGGGCUGUUUCAGGUCCACUUCUUUUCUAUCUUUCCUGAACUGUCCUUUAGCAAUGAACCACAGCAGCUCACAUGCCAUGGUUUUGAUAUUCUAGGGUUUAGACAGGCUCAGACAAUGAUCUUUGCUAUUGAUGAAGUCAACAGAAACUCCAAACUGUUACCCAGUGUGACUUUGGGGUACAGUCUAUAUGACAACUGCCUCACUCUUGGAGUUGGAUUUCGUGCAGCACUGGCAUUAAUCAGUGGUCAAGAGGAGCAAAUUAUAUUAAAUGAGACCUGUGAAGGAAGCCCUCCUGUUCUGGGGGUUGUGGGAGACUCUUCCUCUACUCGCUCUAUUGCUAUCUCCACCGUUUUAGGUUUGUACAGAGUACCUAUGGUGAGCUAUUUUGCCACAUGUGCCUGUCUAAGUGACCGGCAGAAGUUUCCAUCCUUCUUUAGGACAAUCCCAAGUGAUGCUUUCCAGGUGCGUGCAAUGAUUCAGAUACUGAAACACUUCGGCUGGACCUGGGCAGGUUUGCUGAUAAGUGAUGAUGAUUACGGGCUGCACGCUGCCCGAUCCUUCCAUUCUGAUCUCGGUGUGUCUGGGGGAGGCUGUCUAGCCUAUUUAGAAGCUUUGCCCUGGGAAAAGGAUUUGAUUGAAUUUCAAAGGAUUGUUGAUGUGAUGAAGAAAUCCACAGCUCGUGUUGUUAUUGUGUUUGCACAUGAGGGUCAAAUCAUCAAUCUCAUGGAGGAGGUGGUGAGACAGAACUUGACGGGUCUUCAGUGGUUGGCGAGUGAAGCCUGGUCCACUGCUGCCGUGCUUCAGACAUCUGACUUAAUGCCGUACCUUGGUGGCACUUUGGGCAUUGCUAUCCGUCGAGGAGAGAUACCAGGCCUCAGGGAUUUCUUGCUACAAACACGUCCUGAGCUACAACACAACAACAGCUAUGGAAAUAACAUGGUAAACCAGUUUUGGGAAUUCACAUUUCAGUGUAGAUUUGCACCAACUCCGUCAGGCUGGGUUGAGAAUGGUGGAAAGGUUUGCUCAGGAGGGGAGGAUAUAGAGACUGCAGAGACUGGUUUCUUGGAUGUUUCUGAUCUCAGGUCUGAGUACAACGUUUACAAAGCUGUGUAUGCACUGGCAUAUGCCCUUGAUGAAAUGCUAAAGUGUGAACCAGGGAAAGGGCCUUUUAGCAAGAAAAGCUGUGCCACUUUGCAAACACUUGAACCAUGGCAGCUUGUGUAUUACCUGGAAAGGGUUAAUUUCACCACGUCAUUUGGUGAUGAAGUGUCAUUUGAUGAGAACGGUGAUGCUUUACCAAUAUAUGACAUUAUGAACUGGCUCUGGCUCCCUGAUGGACAAACGAAAGUUCAAAAUGUUGGAGAGGUUAAAAUGUCCGCAUUCAAUGGUGAACAGCUCACACUUGAUGGAGACAAAAUCUUCUGGAACUUUGAAUCCAAAAAGCCACCUAAAUCAGUGUGCAGCAACAACUGUCCUCCAGGUACCCGUGUGGUAAGAAAGAAAGGGGAACCUGAUUGCUGUUUUGACUGCAUACCUUGUUCUGAGGGAACGAUCAGUAAUAACAGUAAUUCCUUGGAGUGCUUCGGCUGUCCAGAGGAUUUCUGGUCCAGCCCCCAGCGAGAUCUCUGUGUUCCCAAGAAAACAGAGUUCCUCUCCUAUGAGGAACCUUUAGGGAUCUGUUUGACAACAGCCUCACUGCUGGGCACAUUCAUCUGCACUGUUGUUCUAGGGGUCUUCAUUUAUCACCGCAGAACACCGAUAGUACGUGCCAACAAUUCAGAACUUAGUUUCAACCUGUUGCUUUCUCUUAAAUUGUGCUUCCUGUGUUCACUGUUGUUUAUUGGGCGGCCCAGACUCUGGACCUGUCAGCUGAGACAUGCAGCAUUUGGGAUCAGCUUUGUGCUAUGUGUGUCAUGCAUCCUGGUUAAAACCAUGGUGGUUCUGGCUGUUUUCAAAGCCUCCAAGCCAGGAGGGGGAGCCAGUCUCAAGUGGUUUGGUGUUUCACAGCAAAGAGGAACAGUUCUAGUUCUCACUUCUGUUCAAGCAGCAAUCUGCACUGCUUGGCUCGUCUCUUCCUCUCCUUCUCCACAUAAAAACACCAAAUACCACAAUGAUAAGAUAGUUUAUGAGUGUGUAGUCGGAUCCAUUGUUGGUUUUUCAGUGUUACUCGGAUACAUUGGCAUAUUGGCUAUUCUGAGCUUUGUGUUAGCAUUUCUGGCGAGGAAUCUUCCUGACAACUUUAAUGAGGCCAAACUAAUCACUUUCAGCAUGCUGAUCUUCUGCGCUGUGUGGGUGGCCUUUGUUCCUGCGUAUGUCAGCUCACAGGGAAAAUAUGCAGAUGCAGUGGAGGUAUUUGCCAUUUUGGCCUCCAGUUUUGGUCUCUUGUUGGCACUGUUUGGACCAAAAUGUUAUAUAAUUUUGCUGAGACCAGAAAGAAAUACAAAGAAGGCAAUCAUGGGAAGAGGAGCAGAUUAAUAUAAAUAGGG